GUAACUCAAGUUUGUCAAAAAUAGAUAAACAGAAACGAGGAUGACAAUCCUUCCCUCCCCCCUUUGGAAAUCCUAUCUUAAACUUCUUGCACCGAGAAUCUGCAGCGGCACUGCAACCAGCGUCUGUCAGCGUGUUGUUGCAUGAGGUGGGUGUGGAAAGGGCUGUGCUUGCAUUCCGGCAAGAGCUCCCGUCUCCCAGCAACAGAGUGACUAUUGGAUGGAAGGGGUUUGGAACUGCCGGUGCAGGCUGGAGCUCCGAAUGCCUGAACUCAAUGCUUUCAGCAACGAGGCCGGUGACCGUAAACUUCAGCGGGACCUCCUGCCCAUGAGCGCGCCGUUCGCUUUGAUCUUGGCCGGAUCCGCCCUGGGUGUCCUCGCCGAGACCCCGCAGCCUUUGGUCUCUCCGCUUGUUUCCAGUGGAUGCUGCGUGGAUCCCCUGGACGAACUUGGCUUCUGUCCACAGAGCAGCUUUUGUGAUUCAGACUGUUACAGACAUUGGUUUAAGAAUGGAAGCUCCACCUGCAUUAGGUGUGUUAAUGGGACCUCAACGCAUUCAUCAACCAAUCAGACUGAGUGCAUUAACUUGCGUUUUAGCAGUGAAGGCAAAGCAUCGAAUGGCACCACAGUGGGUCCAACCAUCCUUAAAAUUGGAGGACCAGAAAUCGCUGCCUCGGUGUGUCUUGGAACACUAGUUAUCGGUUUGCUCUUCAUUCUCUCUGUGGCUGCUUUUUUCUACCUCAAGCGGUCGAACAAACUCCCUUAUUUGUUUUACCAACAAGGCAAAGAUUCGAUACUACAGCCCAGUGAAAUGGCGGGAAUGAUGAGGAGUUCCGUUAGGUCAGUCCGAAAGCAGAGAUACUCUAGAAGGGAGCGGCUGUCUGCUUCUGUGGCCUCUUCUGCAGCUGUGAGCGAUGUUUGAUUCCCCUCUACUGUGUGCGCUCAAGAUACAGUACAGUGCGUGGUAUUUAAAGAUUCGCUUCAGCGAAGGACUGUUGCCCUGCCCCAUUGCCAUUCAUGGGGACCACUGCCAGAUUACCUGACUUAUUGAUACCAUUGAGAGCUACAACAAAUCUCAAGUGGAUACUUGGUCCAACGUUAGUGAAAUAGCAGAAAUAUGAGGAAGUACUGAGCAUGAAUCAUUUGCUUUUUUUUAACUGGGCCGUCCUUUAGCACUUAUGAUUUUACUGGAGAUAGGGAAGGUGGUGUUGAUGUGACCAAGAAAGCACUGGCAUCUUCCCCAGAUAGUUCUACACCUGCUGUUUGCUGUCAAGAGGAGUUGGCCUGUUUUCUCCUCCUUACAGAAUUUUUUUAUUUCAAUUUAAAAACACUGCCAAGUUUGAAAGGAAAUUUGGAUUUCCCCAGGUCUCUCCUGGGGAAAAGCUGCUGUUUCUCCAGCAUGAGUGCAGGUCGUUCCCUCUUCAGCCUUGGCCUGAGGUCGCCACAGUCACUGGAUUCCUCGCAGGAGUCGCCUUUGGAUGUAACCGAGUGCAGCUUCCCGUGAGGCUUGGCAGCUCGGCACUGUUGUUCAAGCCGGCAUCUUUCAGCUCCCUUGUGUCCCAGCCCAGGUGGAGGGAAGGGAACUGAAGCAUGGUUUUGGGGGCUGAGCUUUCUUCAGUUUCCAGACUAGUCUUUUGUAUUGGGCAGAGAGGAUAUUGGGAUAACACUUUUACCUAAGCUUUAGGUAAUUCUAUGUAUAUAUUAAAAGAAUAAAAUGAAUACUUCCAGA